AGUCAGUUGCCGGGCUCACAGCCAUAACACUUUGGAACUGAAGCGGUCACGAUGAGAUAACAACAAGUCAAUAAAACUCCUUACCUCUCAGCAACUUCUUCAGACUCAUUUUGAAUGAUUUAUUAAUACGAACAUCAUAUCAAAACAUCUGCAAUGUAUGCAGUAAAUUGCAAAUAAAAUGGAGUCUCGCUCUAGCAUCGUCAACAUUCUCAUCAUGACGUGCAGGUGGACAGCCACAAAUAAGCGUAUUGGCCAGGGGAGGCGUAAUCAGUAGGUACAUCUGAUGAAAAGUGACUCUCGGGAGAUCAAUUUGUUUAAUUACUAGUUUCCCCCGGAGAGGUAAUUAGCAUCACAACCAUCAGGUUAUAUACAGUUGUCUUCAACAAGUCCCCGAAUUUGCCGCACGCCAGUCUUCCGUCGUGCGUGUAAAACAUGACCAUAUUGGGCUAUUUGAUCGCACGGUAUCAUCUUCUCAAACGUAUCGCGUGUUAUUUGUUGGAAUGAACGCCCUAUUAGAACGCUUAUUAUAAUUAAAUCCAAAGAGUUGGUAACUUGGUCGGCGACCUUGCCGAGAUAAGGCGGUCAGCUCCUGGAAGUUGUCUGAGCAGUCAGGGCGAGAAGACGCACGGAUCUGUGGUAGCAAGACGUACAAAACAUGUCUAAAACCAUCAAAGUCAUUUUGUUUAUUGGAUCAGUCAUCCGCGUAUUGUACAAAAGUGUCUGAUAUUGUACUGUUCUGGUCUCAAAACGUGACCACCGCUUGGAUAGCAGAUUCCUCCCUAAUCUAGGAAUAUAAAAUCACGCAAAAGAUUCGGGGGCACAGAGCGAGAAAUGUUACCCAAUGUGACCACAGAACUGCCCGGACACCAGAACUCCACCGCUAACUCCACCGGCGUCUUCGACUGGGAACCGUUCUCCUACUACUACUCUCCCUGGCGCGAGCUCCAGCUCGUCUGGGUGACGAUAUGCAUGACGCUGGGCACGUGCGGCAACACCGCGGUGCUGCUGACGAUCUCAUCGGUGGAGGAGCUUCGCACGCCCGGGAACGCCCUGCUCUGUACCCUGGCUGUGGCCGACAUUCUUCAAGUUAUCACCAAGUGUCCCAUCAUAAUAUGGCUCAUGAUGCGGCAGCAAAGCCUGUCUUGUAAAAACGAUGGCUAUCUGUUUCUGCACUUUGUUUAUUUGACGGGGUCCCUUUUCUCCGUGAACAUCAUUGGCCCCAUAUCUUUGGACAGAUACUGGUACAUCUGCUACCCGCUGAAGUACAGUUCCAUCAUGACCAGAGCACGCACAGCCUGCCUCGCGGCCCUCCCACUUCUCGUCACCGUCACGAACAUGGUGCUUGUGCCAUUCUUCGAACCUGGAGGGGGCUUUUACUUCUUCCCACCAUACGCCGCAUGCAAGUACACGGGACAAGCUAAGACAGGUAGACAGGCGACAAAUAAUGCCUGUUAUGGAAUCGUCGUGCUGGUGAUGCUUUUCUGUUACUUCAAAAUCUGGCGCGAGGUAAGACGACAACAAGCUCGACACAGACAGUUGCUCCCCCAGGCCCUGACAGCAGUAGACUCCGGACAGUCGGAGCUCACCGGCACAACUCGGCAGACGAGCCUCUCUAUUUCAUCAGCUGGACAUAAGCGCGGUUCAAAGUCCAGUAACAAGGUGGCUCCAGCACGAAUCUGUGACGAGCCGUCAAGGAGCUCGGUGGAAUUGUCUGUCCAACUGGCCCUUCAGAAGGUUCCAUCGGAGUUCAAGCAGCGCAUGAAGACGGUCACCACGAUCCUGCUGGUCAUCGGGGUGUACUUCAUCACCUGGCUGCCCUACUUUGUCGUCAUACUCAGACAAGCGAAGUGGGGGGACGAAGCGUCGUCGUCGUCAGACGGACCGUGGCAGAGGUUCGCCAUGUUGUUCUCUCUGAUCUCAGCGUUCUCCAACCCCAUCAUUUACACUCGCAACCGCCAGUUCCGCCAGGGGUUACUGAGACUAUUUCGUUGCAGAAACUGACAUAAAAGAGAGGGAGAAAAAUCUCGUAUUGUGACCCAAAAUACCAUAACUUUAUUCCUUUUUCGCCGAGAAUGAUGCGAUAGAAGUGGAAAGGAGGAUUUCGCGGUGAUUCAAAUUUUCGGGGAAAAUAGACCCCCAAAUAAUUUAGUACAAUGUACCGAUGCGCUAACGCAUCAGGGAAGGGGUGGCCCCUAAAAUAACGUACUGAAAUCAACGCGAGCUUUGUUGUUCUUGAAACUGAAGAAGUGAUAUUCCACUGGAUGGCAUUUCAGCACCAUGCACUUCCACUUGGUUGAAUUUGAGAGGCGCUUGCUGUAGUUAAGGCUGGAGCUCAAUGAUCUGAUGCUCUUGCUACUGGUGCUAAUGUCGCAAGCCUAAACCAAUAGAAAUUGCCCUAAGAUUGUAGAGUUUCGUCUUAUCGAUCAGUGUGGUGGGUAGGAUGUCAAGCUGGGGGAUCAGUUUCUACGAAGGCGGAAUUUGAGGCUUUACGGCUGCACGCAAUUCUGUAAUAGCUACGGCGUUCAAUAAUCCAUAUAAGUAUCUAUAUGAAGAUAUUACAUGAUUUACAUCACAGCAUUUUCUACGCAGGAAAGGCACUUCACUUUUUUUUCAAAUAUUGGAAUGGAAUAGAUUGUACUUGUAAACGUCAUAUCAUAUGCAUGUGUGCGCAUGAGGAUUUUUGAGUGUUUCUCUGUUGUUCAAUGAUAAAUAUUUGUCAUGUCUGUAUUACCUGUGUCGUUCAUGAGGAGGUAUUACAUGGCGGAGUGUGUGUUUAUAUAUCAAUGGAGGUAUAUAUCAAUUGUCCUCCAUGUCACUCUGUAUGUAUCUGUAUCGUUGUACUUUUGUGAAUAAAGUUGUUUAAAAAAGAUUUGUCAGUUCAGUUCAACGACAAAUAUUUGUUACGUCUGCGCUUGAGCAACCUGUCUCAAAUCUGUAUAUAAUUGUAAUGAUUCUGCACUACAUCAGACCGGAGCAUUGGAGCCCGGAAAUAGAUAUUUCUCCUUGAUUGAUUUCGAUUGUACAUAAUUAUCAAAAACGAUAUUGCCCGGUCCGUGUGUUUUUGUGUACCAAGUAAUGUUAAUAAAGGUUCAAUUGCCGGGUUGACAGCCAUGACACUAAAGAGGUCGCGACGUGACGACUUAAAAAAACUUCUUACCUCAAAACGUCAGGUAUUGCUGAAUAGCUAUUGCAAUAUGCAACUCGUGCUGGCUUUGCAAACUCAUUUUUCCAUAGUUUUGAUCAUAGAAUUAUUACAACAAAGCAUUCACAGUAUGUGCAGCAAAUUGCAAAUAAAAUUGAGUCUCUGGUAUCGUCAACAUUCUGAACAUUACGUGUAGGUUGACAACUCAUCCCGGGUUCAUUUUAUACCGUCAAACACCAGUACCACAGAUAAAGGCCAGGGGGAGUUAUAACCACUAGACACAUACGCCGAAAUGUGAGUCGAGUGUUAUGUUCGGUCUGGGUGGACGAGUAUUCUCCAGGGAGACAAUUAGCAUCACAACCAUGGUGUUGUAUACAGUUGUCUUCAACAAGUCCCCGAAUUUGCCGC